AUGUUCUCCACUGUUUACCGAUUCUUCACCGGCACGGAGUGGGACGAAGAUACAGAAAAGAGACACGUUGAGAAUUCAAUGAAACUGACAAAAGUUGCAGUGAAAAAGGAAGUGCUUCUGAGAAACAGUGAGGUAUGUGGGCUUAAAAUUAAUGGUCUGGGUGGCGCUCUAUUAGAGUAUUUACCUAUGUUAUUCAUUGAAGUGGCGGAUAAGAUGAAAUUGGAAAACGAGGCAGAACACGAAAAGAAAAAGUUGGAGCUAUCAAAAUUGUGGGAAAUAACAACUGAAGCAGCGAUUGCCAAAAUUGAAAGCUCCGCAAUGACUGAACUGGAAAGUGUUCGAGAUAAUACUUUGGAAGUGGAAAAGGAAAUCAUGCAACUGAGAGAAAGGCUUGUGGAAGUCGGGGCAGAUUAUGCAAGGGCUGAAAUUGAAAUCAGCAGAAAAACGUUUAAAGAAUUGGAAGCUCAAAAAGAUCGGAACGAACGCCUUUCUGAAGUUCACUCCCAAAAAGUUUUGGAAAAUCUCUCUGUUAUUCAUGAAGAAGAAAAGCGAAUAAGUGAUGAUGUUCGAGCAGAGAAGAAUGCGAAUGCCAAAAUGCUCAUAGAAGAAAUGAAAGAGGGCACACAACAGCAAGCAGAAUUGGCAACCUGCAAUUUGAACAUUCAAAAUGCAUCAAGCGAAAGAAAAAACAGAAAACACGUAAAUCUGAAAAUUAUGGAAAUUAAGAGACAAUCGACGGAUCUGGGUCGCUGGUACCAAGAAACUCUUGAAGUGAUUGGUGCUCCUCCGGAAUUGUACAAAAAAUUGACAAGAAAAAGACGAAUGAAAGCCAAAGAUUCGUUGAUUCGAUUUUCGGAAAUUACCAGCUCUAUUUUUUCAAAAUUCAAUGAGCUUGAGCAGAAUUUGGGAAGAUUGGAGUUACAAGACGUUGACUUGAAGUGUGUCAUUCAAAACAUAAAAUCUCUAAUAUCUUCAUUCGGGGAAAUAAUAGCCAAUAUCAAACUGACCAUCGAGAUUGGUGAAAUUAUUGAUUCCAAACGGAGGGACGAGUUUGUUAUACUAAAAAAUCACCUUUUCGAAGAUAUCAAUAAUAUCCAACUGAUAUACGAUGGAAAACGAGAUAUUGAGAAAAACCUCGUCGACAGAUUUAUAAAGUGCUGA